AUGUCGAUGGUGGAGCUCGACAAAUCUGCCAAACGUUUACUUUCCGGCAAAACGCCCUUCUUUGCUAGCACGUUUGACCCAAGAUUCUCGUUUUGCUUGUACAUACCUGCUGCACACAAAUUUAACGGCACUCGUCUUCCGUUGUUGGUUGCGGUUCACGGAACAAGACGCAAUGUAGGCGGAAUGAUCAACCAUCUGAAGACAUUCAGCGAAAAACAAGGCAUUGCAGUCCUCUGCCCAUUGUUUCCAGCUGGUAUCAUUGAACCAACGGACUUGCACAACUACAAGAACAUCAUCUAUCAUGACAUCCGCUUCGACCACAUCCUGUUGGCGAUGCUUGAGCAAGCUGCCGGCAUUUGGAGCAUCGAAACCGGUCGGUUUUUCCUCCAUGGCUUCAGCGGAGGUGGCCAGUUUGCGCAUCGAUUUCUCUAUUUGUACCCCUAUCGCUUGCUCGGCGUUUCCAUCGGCGCUCCAGGAUCAAUUACACUGCCAGUAACCGACCAUUUAUGGCCCAAGGGUGUCAGUAACAUUGACGAGUUGUUUGGGGUCGCGGUUGAUUGGGAAGCGAUUGUUAGAGUGCCGGUGCAGGUUAUAGUGGGUGAGAAGGAUACGGAAACUGAGAUGCUAUCGGGAGAUGGAGGUUCACGAGUGGCGCGCGCAAAGAAGUUGUUCGAAGAGUUGACGAGAAUUGGUUGUGUCAGGUGUGAGUUGGAAGUUGUCGAGAAUGUUGCCCACAAUGGUCUCCAAUGUCUUGCAAGCGUUGAGGGUUGGGUUAUAAAAAUAGGUUUCACCGCGUGA